GCCAGUUUUAAUGCCCCAUCAUGCCUCUGUGAUUCAUUGUGUUUCUCGGAGCAGUCACGACCACAACUCGGGAUAUUCACAUUGCAGGCUCUGCGAUGGGGACCACCGCUCCGGGGCGAUACACUUGCACCUUUCUCAUAGCUGUGUGCCUGAUACAUCAAUAUGGCGCCAUGCUCCAACCCUCGAGCUAUAACAACCCUCCAUACGGUUACCAGGGUCAGAACUCGAAUACUCCUCAACGGGGUUACCCUUCAACAUAUGGUUCUGGGUCGAGAUACCCCGGAGCUCCACCCCCAUCAUACCAGAGCAAUCCAUCUCGGUAUGGAUCAUCUUCAGGGGGAUAUCCGGGUGGACCACCUCCACCCCAAGGCGGAUAUCCGGGUGGACCACCUCCACCUCAAGGAGGAUAUCCGGGUGGACCACCUCCACCUCAAGGAGGAUAUCCGGGUGGACCACCUCCACCUCAAGGAGGAUAUCCGGGUGAACCACCUCCACCUCAAGGAGGAUAUCCGGGUGGACCACCGCCACCUCAAGGCGGUUAUCCGGGUGGACCACCACCAGCACAAGGUGGAUAUCAGGGUGGACCACAGGCAUCACAAAGCGGAUAUACAGGUGUAGUGCCGUCAAGCGGAUAUCAAGGCGGACCACCCCCAAAAGGUGGAUAUCAACCUGGUGCUGCAUCCCAAAGGUCAUACCAACCCCAAAAUGCACCACCCCAAAAUGGAUACCCAAACAGCCAGCCAGGAGGUGGGCCUCCCCAACCGGAUUAUCAAAAUAGAGCAUCUCAAAACGGUCCAGCUCUCAGCAGUUAUCAAAGUGCACAGCCCUCUGGCAACUACCCAGGACCACAGCCCCCAAGGGGCUUCCCGUCACCAACUUACCAAAGAGGGCCCCCACAGAGAGCGUACCCCGGAGAAUCACCAAGGGGGUACGCCCCGCGUAACCAGCCCCCCUCGAGAGGAUACCCGCAGAGAUACCCACGUAACCGGUACCCUGGGCAGGUGCAAUACUUUACCGCCCCACCGCCUGACCCUAGCGGGGGGGUGCAGAUCCCCCUGAGGCCGCUGUACAAUCCCCGGGGGCCUACCAGUCGACAACCGUUCGUCCCCAUGCCGAGUACCACGACGACGCCGCUACCUACGUCCUCAACUACUACAACAGGACUCCCGACCACAGUUGCAGGAGAGAUUGAGCCCCCUGAGUAUGAAGGGGUGACAGGCACGGGUGGGACGACAACAUCGACCACGCCAACACCAACAACUACCACCGCCAGCAUCACAACCACCACACCUCCACCAACACGACCUUGGGUCCAGCAUCAACGGCAACCAGCGCAACAAAAUCAGUAUCGAGGAGGUCCUCCCCAGACACAACAGGGCUACAGAAAUCAAUGGCAACCACCAGCAAAUUCGCGGUACCCGCCCCAACAGCAACAACAACACUAUCAACGACAGGCCUACCCCCCACCAGGACAACAAGCGCAACGCUACCCACCAGCUGGAUACCAGCCCCGACCUCGGCCUCAGCCUCAGCCUCAGCCUCAGCCACCUCCAAGAAGAGGUUAUCCUGAACAACCACCUCAGCCAUCAUAUCAACAGUAUGCACCGCAAGCACAGCCGUAUCAACAGCCUGCUCGGCAAUACCCACCACCACGACGACCGUAUGAACCCUACAAACCUCGACAAACCUUCCGGGAACCACACUAUCCUCAACAAAUGACGUACGAAUCAAGAGCUGCCAGAAUGCCUGUGCCUCGUCCUCAGCCUAACCCUCGCCAGUCUCCUCCUCUUCCACCCCCUCCUGCUGCUGCUGCUGCUGCUAAAUCAGUCCGUAAGGAGGUGCGUUUUUUUUUGCCUCAUCAUCUGAUUCCGAAACCUCCCGCUACAACCACAACCCCACUGCCUAAAGCACAGCCGCGACCAGUAGCUCAGCCACGAAAUCCACCACCACCUCCGAAACAACAGCAUUAUGUUGGAAAUGCUGGUCUAGGCAGAUAUGGUCAAAAGCAGUACAAAUGGUUUCCCUAUGAGCAACGAUGGAGUCCUCACAACACCAGAGGAAAGCGCAGUGUGCAGAGAUCAGACAGAGUAGGUCCUGAAGGAUCUCAACCAGCACCAGGAGUCACCGCACAUGACAUACCUGGCCCUGUAGAUGGGCUCUCGUCGAUGUUCGAAGGGACCGUUGGAGAACACUCGGAGCAUUCAACAGAUCCGCGAAUCUAUGAUAGCCCAGCAGUAACUCAGUUUCAACUCAAGACACUGAGGAACAAGAGUCCUGGGGCAAACUCAACCAGCAGCAGUGGAAGUCCAGUACCAGAUGAACCCUCUCUUUCGAGGUCAAACUUUGGCCAAGCAACAUCAGCUUCAGAGGUUUCAGUUGGAAGACCGAAAAUUAGAAGGGGGCAGACGGAUCUGCUUUCGAUUCCAAGCAUGAGAGGAGUGGAACGAGUCGAAAUUCAACACCACAAAUCCUCACCGGCAAGUCUGACGGGUGUUGAUGGAGCACUAUCCUCAGAGUAUGGCAAAGGGAAGCCUUUAGGUUCCCCUCAUUCCUCUGUUCCCCUAAAAUCUUUGAGCGGACAUAAUAUUAACUGGGACAGGUUGGCGAUGAGAAACUUUGCCAGAAAAGGACCGCAUGGUCGAAAUGAGGGCACCAUUGUACUUCCAGUGGCAUAACGCAUUGUAUUACAUAUUUGAAAUGUAAAUUGGCGGUCAAGCAACUGUUUACUGGACGAUGUAAACUGCAACAGAACUGUCCCUUACAGCAUGCCGCGAUCAUGUCAUAGACUCUAUUGAAGGUCUAAAGAAGUUUAUCUUGUCUUUCCAGCACUCAAACUUUAGGCGACAUGUACAGGACGAAGCUGUGAACAAUGUCUUUCAAAAGAAAGAAAUUGUAAUAGAAAUAAAAAGAAGACAAAAUAGUUACAUAGUUCAAGCAUGGACAAUGUCAUUCUAUGUAGUCUAUAGUCAUGGUAACAAUCAAACCAUCCAUUACAGUCAGAACGGUUUCAGGAUCAUAGCCUAAUAAUCACAGGGAACUAUUACUAGCAAGUGUAGUAUAAAAAUACUACAAUGUUGCGCCAUUUAAGACUAUACCUGGUCCAGGUUGGGUGAGCCAGUACCCCCACCGUCUAUACUACUGCACGUGAUGUUUAAAUGGCUAUGAGUGUACCCAGAGUAUUAGGUUCUUGUAUUCAUGUUGUCUACCUCCACUGUGCUCAAAGUGUUUACACCAUCAUAUCUUUUGAUACAGGAACUCUUAUAACGGGCAUCACGUAAAUUAAAAUGUCAUCACCAGAGAGUAUUCAGUCUCGAUUAUCUGUCAAAACAGAUUCUAUAGGGCGUUAGGGCAGACUUGUGAUGAAAAAUAUAUGAAAAUCAGUUAUGGCCCCAGGUGUUCAGACUCGCUGACUUGGUUGAUGCGUAUCCUUGUAUCCCAAUUGCGCAGAUCGAUGCUCAGGAUAUCAAUCACUGAAUUGUCUGAUCCAGGCUUGAUUAUUUACAGACCGCUGUCACAUGGCUUGAAUAAUGCUGAGUGCGAAGUUAAACACCAAACAAACAAAUCCUGCAAUACGACGGCGGCGUGUAAGCAAUGGGUCUGGACCAGACAACAACGUGAUUGCAUCCUGAGUAUUGAUCCACGUCAUCAG